AUGCGCCCUAACCCCCGCCCCGGGGCGGCCCAGGCGGUCCCCGGGGCAACCUGCCGCUACACCCCGCACCUGUGCCGCGCCGGGCCCCGGGCAGGCGCAGCCCCCCCCUUCCGGGGCCCGGCUCUGCAAUGCUGCCUCUCUCCCAUCCCCUGCCGGCCUGAAACGGUUCCCCAGGCACCGCGCCUCCGGGAAAAGUCUGGGCCAGGGUCUGGGCGAGCCCCGCACGACUUGGCCCUUUCGGCGGGGCUGCCCGGUGCAGGACCUCCUCCAGGUUCCCGGGAUCCCCGGGCCAAUCGGGCUUUGCUGGAAGGGGGGAGGAAAGGGGCAUUCACCCCGCUUCUCUUGUCCUGCCGAGGAGAGACGCGGGACGAACUCGCCCUGAACAACAGGCGACAACUACGCUCCCACACGCUCAGAGCCCACGGUGGCAACUGCUGGGAGCACAAUAACGGGAACCUCUCUGCCUCGCAGACCGGGGGUGGGGGGGAAGGGAGCCAAACCUCCCGCGGUAGACCCGAUCCCCGAGGACGAGCAGUCCCGGGAGCCGCGGGGAGCGGCAGCCGCCGGCGCGGCAGGAGGGCAGGCUGCCUGCCUGGCAAACGGAGGGCGUACGGCGCAGCACGCUGCCAGAAUACCGUCACCCACCGGCAUUGUCAGCAGACAGCACGCAAGCAUUUACCUUUUUAUGCCCGCUGUCCGUCAGUCAAGCGCUUGAGGGAGAGAAGAAGAAAGGACAGGAAAGGAAAGGAGGAGAAAGAGACAGAGGAAUCUAGAGACCGAGAGGCGGCUGCUAAUCCCCGUGUAGAAAGACUUCCAGCAGCAGCAGCAGCAGCAUGCGUGUGUGUGUGUGUGCGUGCCCGGAGAGGAAGCGCAGCCCUCCUGGCGAUGCACCGGCUCUUGCACCGAAGUACUGUCAUUCUGGGCAUUAGCAGAACAACUGAAACAUGGAGAGCACAGCAGUGACAAUUCUCCCAGUUCCCUCGUGUGCCAUUUCCUCCACCUACUAUCGGAAGAACUCAUGCGCAUGGAGACCAGUUUCUGUUGGAACACAGUAAUAGGAGAAGAUACUUCUGCUCUACUCAGACCAACUGCACAUCAGAAAAGCCCACAACAAUCAACUGAGAUCCAAACUGGGACCAUGGCUUCAUUUUCCUAGUGAUGCUAUCAAUUCAAACAUUGUUGAAGAUAAAAGACUGUUGAAAGCAAUCUUCUUAAUAA